GUCUGCUUGGUCCGACACUAAAUACUACGUACUAGCGAUAUCAGAUAGUGCCUACAUCAUGUCGUCUGAUGGUGCCGAAAUUUCCAUUGCGGCCAUCACCAUGCUAAACCCCGUAGCCAGUCCUUCAGGCAGGACAUGUGUAUCAUUACUAGUACUACCACUCGGUACCAUCUGCGAAUCUUUGCUUCAGCUAUUACCACCCGCCGAAGUGACGGUAAGAUUACAACUGUCAGCGCAACUGUACUAUAAAUAACAACAGACUAACCCAUCCACAAGCAGAGAGAGGUCCGAUAGGAAGAGGAAACUCUAUAAAGAUACAUAUGUAGUUACGAGUAAUAACAC